AUGUCACAUUAUUUUACUAAUUCUCCUCAUCACUUUGCACACAAUUGUUAAAGAAAUUUUCUGGCAUUUAAACUGGUUCAAUUAUAGAAUUUAGCUUUCAUAAAAACUUUGAAAUAUUUACCUAAAGAAUGAGAGUUAAGCGACUAAAACAUUGCAAAAAAAUAGUCAAUUUCUACAAAACAACUUUUGGAUUUCGUCAGCCUUUUCAAGUUUUAGUUGAUUUGACUUUCUGUCAGUUUGCUUUGACCUACAAAAUUAAUAUAAAAGAACAAGUAUCCAGCUACAUUGAGGGAGAUUCCUUAUUAUACACUACAAAUUGUAUUCUUGAAGAAGGAAAAUCUCUUGGGCCACAACUUUAUGGGGCAGUGUUAGUAUGUAAACAGUUUAAACUUCGAAAAUGUAACCACAAAAAACCUGUAAGCGCUCAAGCAUGCAUAUUAAGUAUAAUUGGUGAAGACAAUCCCCAUCAUUUUUUUGUGUCCACUCAAGAUAAAGAACUUUGCGAUCAGUUGAAAAAAAUUCCUGGUGUGCCAUUACUUUACAUUCACUACAAUUCACUUGUGUUGGAGAAACCAUCAAAAGGUACUUUAGAUAGAGGAGAUCAGAUUGACUCGGUUAAAACUAUGACAUCAAGCGUCGAAAAAGAGCGUCUUCAGCAGUUAAAAAAACUUCAGAAUGUUGAAGAAGAAAAAGAACCUCGACCUAAACGCAGAAAGGUAAAAGGAGUUAAUCCGCUUGCUAUGAAAAAAAAGAAGAAAAAAGCAAAAGAUUCAAUUCCAAUCAAAGAUGCAAACUCUAUCAAGAAACGAAGAAAGAAAAAAAGAAAAAUUGCAGCUCAUGUGCUUCAAGAGUUAAAGAAAAUGAAAAAUUCUUCAACUGACAUAGAUGUUGUUCAAUGAUGUAACUUGAUGACGCCGUUAAAUUAAAAACUUUUUAAUAAAGUAUUUAACUUUCAAAAAAAAUAUUAUUUACAAUA